AUGAGUUUCUCCGCCCUUCCAACAGAGCUGCUCAGCAUGAUCUUUGAUGAGAUCCGACGAAAAGAGGAUAUGCAAGCCAUUUCUCUCGUUUGCCACAAAUGGCGCGUUAAUCUUGCGCCACUGAUGUGGUACACGUUGAACACCGAUCUUCUGCUAAGCAAAUCUCAGUCCAUGGAAGCACUUGUUAAUUCUCAGAGCUUGAUACUCCCUCAUAUCCGACGGAUUAUCAUAGCAACACCCCGACGAGUCGCGGGCGAUUCGUUUGAAAUGAACCAAAUCGAGCACAAAUUACGUCUACUGUUAACGUCCCUACCUCACGAUCGCAUCACGCACUUCAUGGCCACCACGUUGAGACCCAGCCGUCAUACCAUCCAUAUGCUCCUCAAAUCCCAGCGGAAGCUCAAAGAAUUGAACUUCCGCAUCAGGCCCGACGAGGCCUUCACGGGCAAGGGGCCACUUCCUCUCCACACAGCUGGUCCUUUGAUGGAGCCUCCCCUGAAAGACCUCACUGGACUAGCUGUAUAUGUUCAUUGCCAUCCGAAGGUUGCGAAAAACUCUUUUGAGUACUACCGCAAACUUCUCACAUACGUUCCAAAGCUGCAGACCCUGUCCAUAGUGGGCACGCUCUUUGACGAUCGUCCACUCGACCGGUUGUACAUGCAACACGUCCUACAGCAUGACAUAAAAGAGCCGAUUCUGACUAGUCUCACUACCCUCCGUUUGAAGCUUAUCGACCUUGGAAUGAGCCACAAGGCGAUUUUCAGGAACAUGAACUUUGCUAACCUUCGCACAUUGUCACUGAUUGGCUGCAAUGACAUGGCGCCCUUCUUAGAUAACCUCCUGGUACAACGCGCCAACAGUGACGGCAGUUAUCUUUCCCAUCUUUACGAUCUGGAGAUCUUCUUCCCUUCUAAUUCACUUCAUCCCGACAACGACAUUCAGGCUGUCCAACGCUUCCUCGAGACUGGUCCUAAACUUGACAAGCUCAUCUUGGACGCAUCGCGCCAUGCCUUGAUAAACAAAGACGCUAUCAUCGCUCAGUCUAAGCUUAAGUCACUGGAACUGGGUACCGGUGAGGAGAGGGGAGGGCGCUCAUUUGCCGUGGAAGACGUCAAAGCGAUUCUAAACGCUUGCACAGAGCUCGCAGACGUCGCCAUUAAUUUCCCUGCCGUAAAUCUAUGA